AAAUAAGGGCUGUUUGAGAGAGAGAAGCGGCGGCGGUCCGGAGCCUCAAUGACCGCAGCGGGAGAGCCAGCAGACGCCGUGCUGUCCGGUGAUGGAAUAGGUGAUGUCUGAAGUACAGGGCACUGUGGAGUUUUCUGUGGAGCUGCAUAAAUUUCACAAUGUGGAUCUCUUCCAGAGAGGGUUCUAUCAGGUGAGGGCAGGACUGAGGGUGUCCCCACGAGUGCCUCACAGGUUGAUUAUCACCACACCUGGAUACACAGGCGAGUGCAGUUUCAGCAGUGCUGGAGUGCAUGAUGGGCUGGUGUUCAGUCGUAUAUUUCAGAUCCUCUACAGGAAUGAGGAGAUUUCACUGGAGGACCGCAUGACCUUCAGAGUCCAUCUCCUGCUGGAUGGAGACCGGGUGGAGGAGGCGCUGAGUGAGGUGGACUUCCAGCUCAGACUGGACCUGCACUUCACUGAUGUGGAACAACAGCUGGCCGAUAUCUCCUCAGUGCCUGUAAUCAGCAGUCGGACGCUGGGUCUUCAUUUCCUCCCUCAGAACGGUCUGCACCAUCACCUGCCCGUCAUGUUCGACUACUUCCACCUGUCCGUCAUCUCCAUCACUGUCCACGCCUCCUUAGUGGCUCUUCACCAACCACUGAUCAGUUUUGCGCGCAGUGGUAAAGGGGCGUGGCUUGGGAAGGGCUCUCCGGAGAGCGAGGCGGCGUCUUCUGUGAUGUCGGUGGAGAACCUGAUGUUCGGGGCCGGAUACUGCAGACCGGUUCUCACUGAGGGCAGUUUUUACGUGCCUUCAGAGAACUGCCUGCAGAGAGCUCACACGUGGCACCGCUCUCUCUGCCGCCUCCUGCUGGCCGCCUAUAAGGGACUGUGCUUCUACUACACAGCCCUGAUGAACGACGUCCCUGAGCUGAAGCGUGUGGAGAUAGAAGAUCUUCCGAUUGAGGAGACGCUGAACAGACUCGCUAUCGAACUGCAGCUGCAGGGUGGGCACGAGAAGGUGGUGGAGCAGAUAUCCAGGGAUCUGUCUCAGCUGUGUGUAAAGAUGGCGUCUCUCUGGACUCAGUUUUUGGAAGCCGCUGUCCCAAACCCGCAGAUCCGCAGUCACCUGGCCCAGGAACACCACACACUCAGGGUCAGGAGAUUUUCUGAGGGCUACUUUUUCACUGAACAUCCCAAAGAGUCUUCACUCACCUUUCAGGAGGAGCUUAUUAGUAAGCAUGCUCAGGUGGCUGUAGAUUUGAGGAGUUCAGACUACAUGAGCCGGAUGCCUCCUCUACCCAUCGAGUGCCUGGAUAUUGACGGCGACUGGAGCAGCCUGCCAAUCAUUUUCGAGGACAGAUUUGUGGACUCACCCUGUUUAGAUUACAAAUCACACGUGCCAACCCAGCCAGCCUCAACCCUUCAGCAACCCGCUGAACCCAACGAGACGGUGGACCACCAUACCAUCACAACACCACCAGCAGAGGGGAGCCCAUGUUCACACUCACCAGCAAUAACCCCUGAAGAGCCUUCCUGUGAGGACUUCAUGGACCUGCCCACCUACAUGGCUCUGAUUGGACAGGAGCGGGAGUUUGUCAUCGACAGGGAUGGGAAUAUGACUGAAUCUGGAGAUCUGACUGAGACAUGUGUUGAUGGGAUGGUGUGUAUAGACAGAACUGAAGCUGAGAUUGAGUCUAUAGUAAAGUUAGGGAGUGGCUCAAGGUCUGUAAGUAGGGAGGAGGCAAUCGACCUGUGCGGGAGCAUAAAAGAGGUUGAAUUAGAGACAGAAUUACAGACAAAAUCAGAAACAAAAACUUCUCAAGAAGUUGAAACUCUGAAUGAUCUUGAGCAGGACCCUACAGAUGCUACGGAUGAAACAGUAGGAUUAUCUUCUUUGGACACUGAUUUACAAACAUUAGAAUGUCCUUCUACCAACGGUCUGAGACACAUUAACGUCCAACCCAGCGAUUCUGACCCAUAUCGAGGAGAAGAAGUAAUGAUCAUCCAAUCAAAUGGCACAGAAUUCAUUGGUCAUGGUCCAAAACUUCUUAAUCACGAUGAAAACCAGUCUUCAGAAGUCAAUCACAUCAACGAGGAAACAGAUGCAGCAAUAGAUGACCCCUCUACAGAGGUCGUUGGAUCUCUGACGCAAGCGAAAAUUGGUGGAGCCAAAGAUUUAGAUGGUACGGUGUUGUCAGACUCAAUUUUGCAAACCCCUACAACUGAUCCACCAAUCACGCCAGCUUAUAACUCAACACACAACGCCCAGCAGCCUGAAACUCCACCCAGAAGCAGCUUCCUUGGCAGAUCGACUAAGGUAAUAAAGCGUUCUUCCUCUGUGAUCUCAGACUCGGGCAUCGAAAGCGAGCCCAGCUCUGUAGCUUGUUGGCCUCUGGAUGGUCGCAGUGGGAUUGUAGGCCGAGACCCUCUGCAGCAGCAUCUGAGCCGUCGGCGAGCUGCCCACCGCAGUUCUCUUGAGGGUCUCCAGGCGGAGAGCCAUGGCAGCCUGCCUAGUGCUACCCAGGCCUCUCUGACCUCCAUCAGCUCUUUGCCGUACGAAGACGACGAAGAGGAGCGGCAGAGGCAGUUGAACACCCUCACCAAAUCCGCCUCUGCUCCACAGAUCAGCAGCCCUGAUGAAAACGAGGACAAACGGGAGCUGGCCACUCAGCAGAGGCGAAAUACGGAAGAAACAGGGCAGAGGAGGUCAGCUAUCCUAGAGGUCACCAAUCAAAUUAGGCGAAAGCCGAUUGUAUGCGAUUCUGAGCAUGUUCUACCUAAUCUGGACACUCGGGAGUCAGCAUCUACCGAAGAUAUCGAACCUGAAGCGAGCUUGUUGCGUGUCGUACAAGACGUACUUCUCUUUCAGCAGUUCGUAGAGCGUAACGAUGCUCUGGAAGUCGAAAUCAAUGAGAAAAGUUCAGUGGCGUCAACGGCGUUCAAUGGCGUCUCGCUUGUGGAAGACUCCACUCCAAGUCCACCACUUGAUGAUGAUGGCGACGACACUAAAUCAUGUGCCUGUGAAUCGGAAUCAUCCGAACACAAGGGGGCGCCAGAUUUACUGAGGUUGAGCAACAAACCAGACUCAACAAACCAGGACCACGUUGUCGACGAUGAUGAUGAUGAUGAUGAUGAUGAUGAUGAUGAUGAUGAUGAUGAUGAUAAAGAUCAUGACGACGAUGUCAGCUUUCAUAACAUUCAUCUGGAUGAGCUUGAAGAUGAGCAGAGCUCUACACACGCGCCAACCAAUGAAAACCAGAGUUUUAGCACUGUAUUUACCAAUGACAAAGAGAGGCCAAGUAACCUCACAGGGCUCCCAGGGCUCCCAGCCAAUGGCAGAGAGCAGGAUGUGAAGGAGGCGCUGGAGGGGCAGCCCAGAGCCAAUAAGAUGCAGAGCUCAGGCCUGGCGUUCGUGAAUAAGAAGGUUGUGGAAGUGGUGAACCUCUCCGUAUCCUGUGCUCCGACCUGCCUCCCCUUUUCCUCUGUUCUCCGCGACUCGCCAUCUGUAAGCGGACUCUCCGCCCGCCAGGCCACCUCCCCCAUUACCCAUCAGCCCCUGGGCUCCUUCGGAAUCAUCUCCUCGUCGUCUUCUUCGCUGGGCGCCGAACAGGAGAUCAGCGAGAGGAUGCUAAAUUUUUAUAAAGCUAAAGAGGCGUUUCUGAGGGAGCUCUCGUUCAGAGCCACGCUCUACAGUGAUCUUCCUCUGCUGGCGUCGGAUCACCCAUACUUCCCUCCGGAGGAGGAAGAGGAGGAGUUUGAGGAUGGGAUUCACUUGGUGGUGUGUGUUCAUGGGCUGGAUGGAAACAGUGCAGACCUGCGUUUAGUGAAGACCUUCAUAGAGCUCGGGCUGCCGGGGUCCAGACUAGACUUCCUCAUGUCUGAACGCAACCAGACGGACACAUUUGCAGAUUUUGACACCAUGACGGAUCGUCUGCUGGAUGAGAUCAUUCAGCACAUUCAGCUCUACAACCUCACCGUGGGCAGAAUCAGCUUCAUCGGUCACUCUCUGGGAAACGUCAUCAUUCGCUCGGUGCUGACCCGACCCCGGUUCCGCUGCUACCUCAGAAAACUGCACACCUUCCUCUCCCUGUCCGGACCUCACCUGGGCACUCUGUUCAACAGCAGCACGCUGGUCAGCACAGGUCUUUGGCUGAUGCAGAAGCUGAAGAAGUCUGGCUCCCUGCUUCAGCUCACCUUCAGGGACCACCCGGACCCCCGGCAGACCUUCCUCUAUACCCUCAGCCAAAAACCAGGGCUGCAGUUCUUUAGGAACGUGGUGUUGGUGGCGUCUCCACAGGACCGAUACGUCCCGUUCCACUCAGCCAGGAUAGAGAUGUGCAGGACGGCUCUCAGAGACAGAACCACAGGUCCGGUGUACACCGAGAUGAUAAACAACCUUCUGCAGCCGCUGCUGGACGCCCCGAAUUGCCGGCUGAUCCGUCAGAACGUGUUCCACGCUUUACCGAACACGGCCAACACGCUGAUCGGCCGAGCCGCCCACAUCGCCGUGCUGGACUCGGAGCUGUUCCUCGAGAAGUUCCUGCUGGUCACUGGUCUCAACUACUUCAAAUAGAGGCUUGGAGCCAAUCGCUGGUUAACAGGCCAACUGGAACCAUCCUGAGAUCGAGCAGGAUUCAAAUGGCCAAUCAGAUCAAGAUCACACCUUUAAGGCCACGCCCACAGUUUUUUUAAUCAAUUAAACACAUCAGGUCUGCUUUAGAAGACCAAUCAGAACAAUCCCGAACCAAGUUCCUCAACUAUUAAACGACCCAAUGGCCAAAGUGUUGUUGGGGGAUGUAUGGAAUCAGGAGGAUCCAGCAGUAUAUAGGUAUAUAAAUGUUGUACAGUAUGUAUAGUAUACAGUACGUAUAUAGUGAGGCGUAUAUAAAUAUAUAUAUAAAUAGAAGUGAAGAUAAUAUUUGGAGGCUGGAAAAAGCCUUAAACCAGAUGAUAUUAACACAGCUUCGAGAAUUAGCCCCCAUAGUAUUCUGUUCCAAACCGUCCAUGGUGUCGUCCGUGUCGCGCCCGAAUGUUCGCCUACGUGUCGUUUGUACUAUUAGAUCCAGUAGUCGUGUCCAAUCAUCCAAUGGUGUUUAAGAUCUGAAGCAUUUUCUCAUCGCUGUUCAUGACUUGAAGUGGUCGAAGUCACUGGACUUGAAGUCACUGGACUCUCAAUACUUGAAGAAGUUUGAUCAGUAGGGUCGUGUUUGUAAAUGUGAAAAAAAGGCCUCCUCGUACUUCAUGCAAAAAAAUAAUAGCGUUAAAAUAAGCGUUAGACUGAACUAAACAAGAUUUGCAUGCCUCCUCUUUACUGAGCGUCAUUUAAUAUGGUGAACCAAGCCAUUGCUUAAUGUCUGCUCACUGCAAAAAAAAAGAAAAAAAUAUCUUACCAAGUUAAAUCCACUUAAAUAUAGAUUACCCUACUGGAAAAAACAGCUAAAGCUGGUCAAGCUGGUUGGUGUUUUGGAACCUGGUAACUGGUUCAUAGCUGGUCAGAACAUCUAAAACCAGCUUGUAGCUGGUUUCUAGCUGGUAACUGGUUUCUAGCUGGUAACUGGUUUCUAGCUGGUAACUGGUGAAUAGCUGGUCAGAACAUCUUAAACCAGCUUGUAGCUGGUUUGCACCUGGUAACUGGUUUCUAGCUGGUAACUGGUGUAUAGCUGGUCAGAACAUCUAACACCAGCUUGUAGCUGGUUUGUACCUGGUAACUGGUGUAUAGCUGGUCAGAACAUCUAACACCAGCUUGUAGCUGGUUUGUACCUGGUAACUGGUUUCUAGCUGGUAACUGGUUCAUAGCUGGUAACUGGUUCAUAGCUGGUCAGAACAUCUAAACCAGCUUGUAGCUGGUCUGUACCUGGUAACUGGUGUAUAGCUGGUAACUGGUUCAUAGCUGGUCAGAACAUCUAAACCAGCUUGUAGCUGGUCUGUACCUGGUAACUGGUAGCUGGUUUUAGAUGUUCUGACCAGCUAUGAACCAGUUACCAGGUUCCAAAAUACAGCUUUAGCUGGUAUGAGCUGGUUUUUCCAGUAGGGUAUAUAUCUAAAUUAUUAUAUAUCUAAUUUAAUUUCUCAUUCUAAGAUCAUUACAGCAUUGCUGUAUUGAUAAAAUAAUUGAUAACAUAUUUCUAAGUGUCUUGAACUCGUUCCUACCCAAAAUAACCAUGUUUAAAAGCUCCUUACAGCACUCUGUCUGUCCUUCAAUUGUCCUUCACUUUAACUCAUGUACCAGGAUGUAGUGUAGGAGUGUUUUAGGGCCCUAUUUUAGUGAUCUAUAUUGCACUGGUCAAUUGUGGUCAACCGUGCAGCUGGAUUUAGGGCGUGUUGGUGUGUCUUUGGUACCAUUAACCCUUGUGUGGUGUUCAUAUUUUUGUUACUCGUUUACUUUGUUACUUGUAUUUAAUUCAGCAAAAUUAAGCAAUUUUACAUUAAAAUGCUUUACACAUGCUUGCUUCACCUAAUUUGCAAGCAAUAUAAACAGCUUACAUGGUUAAUAUUUGCUCUUUACCUUUCUUAUGUUACAUUUCUUUUAAAAAGUGCUACUCUUUUUUUAUUAGUUUUUUAAUGAAAUGUAAAAGAAAGUGAAUUAAACUCAAGAUAUGAGUAGAAAAUUAGUUUAGUUUCAAAUUUACAAAUGAAGCCCUUGGCCAAACAUACUGUAUGUAAUAUAAAUGUGUGUGUGUGUGUGGGGGGGGGGGGGGGGGGGGGUACAGUGUGUGUUUAUCAAAAAUGUGUUUUGAUAUAUGUUUUUCACAAAAAAUGGGCCAAUGCCAAUGAGUUUGAGUUAGAAAAAAUAUUUCUUUAGUAUCAUUUGAUGAAAAAUUAAACCACACAAGGGUUAAGGAUACAAAAUACGCCUGGCGCUGCUCAAAACAAGCAAAAGGCAUGAACUAAUUCUCUUAAUUAAUCAUGGGUGUGUUUAAUUUUAGGCGUGAUGUGAAAUAAACCAAUCAAUCAGUGUGGCACGUUGCUAUCUUAACAGUGCAGCACUUUUCGUUUCUAACCGGACUAUCAUGAGCUGCUCGUUCACAAUGUGAAGAUACUCCAGCAGCUGAUUUAAGGGAACAGUAAUGAUAUUUUAUACUUUAUUUUGUUUAUUGUUGAGUUAAAAGUCGAGCGCACCUAUAGGAAAGAACUCUAACUAUUGACCGUUUAAACAAUAAUGUUCAUUUUACUCAAACAUAUACCUUUAAAUAGCAAAAUCUGAGGGCAGAUCAGGGUCUGCAUGGACUAUAUGGAGCUGUAUCUCAGCUGGAGGAGUUUUUAAACAGUAAAUAUUGAACUUAAAUGAUCUUUCAGUCUAUAACUAUGUGAAUUAAAGUAAUUAAAAAAUAGUAUUAGGGUCAGUUUGUACAGAAAUAUGGUUUAUUAUAAUGCUGCAUCGUUUUUAGCAGGAAGUACGAUGAGGCCUUUAAUCUCUGUUCAUUGUUGCUUGUAGAUUAAACUGCUUGAAGACCUUUCUGAUGAGUUCCUCCAUGUGAUAAAAAAAAAAAAAACUAUUUUCAGAGCUAUUUUCGUAUGAUUUUAUUUUUUAACGAUGGCGUUCGUCUUCUGUCGUAGCGUUUAUGUAGCGUCAUCGUGAAGCGAUCAGCCAAACCAUCAGUGUUAUUCGUACAGUACUGCAACAAUGUGUGUGUGUGUGUGUGUGUGUGUGUUCUGGAAACUUCCCCAACCUGUCAAUCAGCUUCUGUUUUUUUAUGUGUGUGGAGAAAUCAGAGAUCUGUGGUCUGAAUGCGUUGAUGAUAUAUUGCCUUAAUUUAUCAAAAAAAGGCUUGUAUUUAUCAGAAUGAUCCACCCCAUCCUGUCUUUAAUCCCAUCCUGCUUUUUUAAAAUGGUUAUUCACUCUUAAUUGAGAAGAUUGAGGCAACGUCUGACUGACUGAACUGUUUUUUUGUUUCUUCUACUGACAUAUAUUCAUAUAUUUACUUUUAAUUUGUUUUUAAUGUGGAAGAUGUUCGUUUUGUAUAAAAGUCCAUCGUGGGUCUCAUGGGUGCUACAUUGAUAUGGUUUAUUUCACUCCAUGGGUGUUUACAUUGUCAUAACUUAACAUUAAUAAUGAUAUUAUGAUGAAAUCUGUAUUUAAAUCAUCCAAAGCCAAAAUAUAGCACAUAUUUUCUGACUGAUCUAACUCACUAAUCGCAAUUACCAUCAUUGAACUUGAACUUGAAUUGGUUGGUGUGGUGCAGUGGAUAACACCACUGCUUGCCAGUGAGCUACCACUUCAUGUGGGCGACUGCGGUCCACUAAAUGCCAUAAAUCAUCAAAAAAAGAAUUAGAAACUCUAUUUAAACUAAAUAUUUGUAGUCUAGCCUCCCAAGCACUGUUAUUUCUCAUUGGGACUCAUUAUAAACUAGUCCCUGGUCAGUUUAAGGAAAUCAAUAAAGUUCAUUAAGAUGCAAAACCAUGAAAUUUAAGCAUACACUCGACAAUUAAUGUCCAUUAUAUAUUUCCUUACUUUCUUAUUGGCAUAAUGUGGCACUUUGAUGACUUUUGAAUGUGAUCGUAAGACAUGAAGAAUGAUUAUACUGAAUAUACAAGCAAAUACAGCUCACUGGGUGUACUGUAGCCUCUUAUUUGUAGGGGUUUAACGGUAUGUGUAUUCUUUGCGACCCAUCACGAUAUGGGGUCACGGUUUGGUACACGCAAACUCAUGUAGAAUACACAGUACAGGCUAUAAGAGACCAGUGGAACCAAUGAACAUAAUGCGGAACUAAUAGGAAAUGGUAUGGAACGGUUGCCUCUCGCUUUCCAGUGUGAUCGCAGGGUUAGGCGCUCGUACUCUAACAAGCUCUGACCUCUCUCUCUAGUAAUCUGUUUAGGAAAAAAAUAUUUGGAGUUUAAGCAGUUAAGGAAGUAAUUAUGUUGUUUUUGUUCUUAAUAAAGCAACACAAUCAGGCUAAUUUGUUGUUUGUUCCAACAAGAUCUAAAAGAUGGAGUCUCUCAUGAUGACAGUAGGAGAGAAAAUAAUCAAAUUUAAUAAAAGAGCUCGAGCCACGUUAUAACAUUCCAUCCCAAAAAACUAAACAAGUAUAAUGAAGAUUCAUUGUAUUAUGAAGUUAAUAAGGGUAAGGCUAUACAGAAUGCUCUGCCUCUUUAUAUUUUUUACUAACCAUACCUAAAACAUACCGGAAAUGUACCGAAAACGAACCGAAAACAUACUAAAACAUACCGAACCAUAGGAUUUAUACCGAACUGUGAAUUUUCUUACUUAUUACUAUUAUUAAAAAUUAGAUUGUAAUCAAUUCUAUAUAGUAUAUCAAAACACAAAUUCACCAAGUGAUGGCAGAAUCUACAUUUGGUUUUAUACAGUGACGUUACUCUAGUCUGACCAUUUUCUUUUUUCGAUAACUAAUCUAACACGUUACUAUUCCCAAUCCAGUAAUCAGAUUAAUGUUACUUUUCCAAGUCACUGUAUGUUAAUUUUUGGUCAUCUAAGUUAAAAGAUAUUGUAGCAUCUGGCUGGAUGCUUUGAAACGAUGGACAAGAAAGGCGUUUAUAGUCGCUUUAUUGCCGGAACUUCUGCUGAAAGUAACUAAUUAAGUAAACUGUAAGUAACUUAGUUACUUUUAAAAUCAAGUAAUCCAUACAGCAACUAAAUUACUUUUUAAAAGAGUAAUCAGUAAUUAGUAAUCAGAUUACUUUUUGAAAGUAACUACAGUAUGCCAUCACUGGUUCUAUAUUGUGUUCCAUUCAAAAUACUAACAUAGAGAUUAAAAAUUCCCAGUAAAGAAAACAAGAGACAAAUAAAACCCAACUAAAACUAGUCCUGCAUCAGCAAUCAACACACUAGCCUCAGCUAAUUCAACUAGUAAGGAAUAUUAGAGUGUUAGUUCAGAUUUAGAGAUUUUAGAGUUGGAGCUGACCUAAAGACACAACUUCCCAAAGCAUAUACUGUAAAUUGGAGAACAGAGCAGUGAAGCUGUAUCUGAUAUUUAUAUGGAAAUCGUGUUCGCAUUUGAAUUCAUUGAAUUCAGUGUAUUACCUUUAACACAGUGUUCCUGUCAAUCACUGAGACAACCUCGCCCGUCCUCCCUCUCUUCUCUCUCUCUUCUCUUCUCUCUCUCUCUCUCUCUCUCUCUCUUUCUCGUCCUUGUCAGCUCUUUUGUGCUGAUGAUCCUCUUUGUGCUGUUAUGUUUGUACAGACUGACACUGAUUGGUCAGUAAACGCACUGCCAGAGCUAUUGAUCUUCAUCAGACUAUUUAAAGGCUCUUUAAUCGAAGAGUAACAGAGGUCACAUGAUAGGUCACUCUGAGAGAGACCCUACAGAUGAUGCUCACAUUUACAACAAAGAACAGAACAGAAGAGGCCCAGUCUGUACUGUUAGAAUUCAUCAAGGACAAACGUGUUAAAAACAAGAGAGUUGUGUUAAAGGGGAUGUGAAGUAUUUAAUGAAAGCAAAGAAGAUGCAGAUCUACAGCUGUUCAAUCAACCCUAAUAUGAGUAUUUGUGAGCUGUAGGAAAUAUAUUGGAUAUAUUGCACUGUGAGGAAGGGAUUAGGGUAUGAUUUUUGUAUGGAUAGCUGCAGUUUUGGGUUGGUAGAUUGUUUAGUUGUUAGGUUUUUUGGAUUGUUUGAGUUCUCAGAGGAAUCAUUUUGAGUUAAGAUGUUAUGAAUUGUUAGGAAUUGGUUUGGGCUGCUUUGGAUUGUUGCACUGUUGGAUUGUUUGGGUAGUUGGAUUGGUUUGGACUCAUUUGGACUAAUUUGAAUUGGUGUGGUUUGGACUAAUUUGGAUUGGUUGAUUCUUGGAUUGAAUUCUGUUGUUGAAUUGGUUUGAAUAGUUGGAUUGAGUUGGGUUGUUGGGUUUGGGUUGUUGGAUUGGUUUGGGCAGGUUUAGGUUGUUAUAUUGGUUUGGGUUGUUGGAUUGGUUUGAUUGUUAGAUUAGUUUGGACUAAUUUGGAUCCAUUUGAUUGUUGGAUUGGUUUGGACUAAUUUGGAUUUUCGGAUUGUUGAGUUGUUGGAUUGAUUUGGGUUGUUGAAUCGGUUUGAAUAGUUGGAUUGAGUUGAGUUGUUGGGUUUGGGUUGUUGGAUUGGUUUGGGCUGUUGAAUUGGUUUGAUUGUUAGAUUAGUUUGGAUCCAUUUGAUUGUUGGAUUGGUUUGGACUAAUUCGAAAAUUCGGAUUGUUGAGUUGUUGAAUUGAUUUGGGUUGUUGGGUUGGUUUCAAUAUUUGGAUUGAGUUGGAUUGUAGGGUUUGGGUUGAUUUAGGUUACUAGAUUGUUUUUUUGGAUUGGUUGAGACUCAUUUGGAUUGGUUUGAUUGUUGGAGUGAAUUGGGUUGUUUAAUCAGUUUGAAUAGUUUGAUUGAGGUGGGUUGUUGGAUUUGGGUUUAGGUUAUUGGGUUGGUUUGGGUUUUUGGAUUGGUUUAAUUGUUGAAUAUGUUUGGACUAAUUUAGAUUUAUUUGAUUGUUGGAUUGGUUUGGACUAAUUUGGAAUUUUGGAUUGUUGAGUUGUUGGAUUGAAUUGGGUUGUUGGGUUGGUUUGAUUGUUGUUGGAUCGAGUUGUUCAGUUGAUGCUAGAUUUUUGGAUCGUUUGGAUUGUUUUAAGAUAGUUUGGUCAUUUGGAUUUGUUUUCUUGGGUUUAGUUUUUGGAUUAUGUUGGCUAGUUUAAUUGGUUUGGGCUGUAUUUUUUUUGGUCUUCUGUGACCUCCAUUCAUCCAAUUUCCACCAUUCAUACCAGCUCAAAUCCCUUUGUGUAUUCAAAUGGCUGCCUAUUAGUCUUUUUUUAUUUUUUUAUUUGCAAAUCAUACACUGUGCUAUCAAAAGUUUGAGGAUGGGUUGCUUUCUGGAAUAUUUGAAUACCUUUUUUUCCCCUUUGAUGGUCAGCAAUAACUUGAUGUAAUAAAGUUUCAGCAGGUUUUUAGGGAAUGAAGCCAAAAGAGGCAUUUUAUUCCCUAUUUUUUUUGUGAUGUCAGCACUCAUCAGCACUCAGACCCUCCAGGUGGGUCAGAAGUGAUUUAACCUCUGCUUUUAACAGCAGCUUGGGAAAAAAAGGAAGUGUUGAACCACUUUUUAGGUAUAAGGUGUUCUUUAUUCUAAUAAAACUUUGGUGGACAUGAAGUUGGAGUGCUGAAGAUCUCAAGAAAAAAAUUUCAAAACCUGCUCAACUUUUACAUACAGAAGAAAGCAACGUUUCCCAAACUUUCGAAAAUACCAGUUCAGACCUGUGUUGUAUGUGUCUAUAUGUGUGUAUAUGUACAUUUGUGUCCAAUGAGAGGCAGCUAUGUUUCAUGUUAUCAGUUUCAUUUUGUCGGCAGACUUUUGCCGCACCUCUUUACGCAAGUUUUGAUCAGACGGUUCAUUAAUGAAUGUAGAGAAACGAUUGAGAAAGCGAUGUUUUCACUGUGAGAAUGUGUCUGAUCUCUGUGAUCUACUGUGCUGAGAUGUUAUUGACCAGAUCAUCCGUGCCAAUGAUAGUCAUGAUAUUUUUCUAUGUUUGCUUAAUGUGUUCCUUGUAGCUUUUGCCCAAAAUGUAUAAAAUAUAAAUAACAUAUAUAUAUUCAGUAUAUUUAAACAUGUACUACAUUAUAUAUAUGAAUAGAUGAGAGAAAAUAAAUAUUAUUCUUCUUUUAAACUUUCACUUCUUGGUGUUCUUGGUGCAAAAUAUGUCCUAAAUUGGUUGCAGUCUUACCUCAGUAUAGAGGUAUACAAGUUAUUUCAGUAAUUUAUUUGAAAAUGUGAAACUCAUAUAUUAUAUAGAUGCAUUAAACACAGAGUGAUCUAUUUUAAGCGUUUAUUUAUUUUAUUGUUGACGAAAAUUUGAAUAUUAUAUAAGACCAAUUGGUACUUGGUAGUGUGAGCAGUGUACCAAGUCUUGCUGGAAAAUGAAAUCCAGCAGAACCAUCACUGAUUGGUGGAAACUUCACACUAGACCUCGAGCAGUUUGGACUGUGUGUCUCUCCACUCUUCCUCCAGACUCUGCUCCCUUGAUUUAUAAAUGAAAUGUAAAAUAUACUGAUGAUCAGUGAUGGUUUGGAGAGACAUGCUGAUCAUCUGCUGGUGUUGAUCCACUGUGUUUUAUUAUCAAGUCUAAAGUCAGUGCAGUUUUGUUUUCCCACAAAAUCUUACAGCACUUCAUGCUGAACCUCUGCUACUGACAACUUUUAUGAAGAUGCAGAUUUCAUUUUCCAGCAGGACUUGGCACACUGCCCACACUGCCGAAAGUACCAAAAGAUG